AUGCCGGACAUCGCCUCAGCAGCGGCGAUGCACAUUCUCAGAGAGAGAGGAAUAGGAGGAGGAGCGUCAACUGGUCUUAAUUUCCUUGUCUCACUUCACAAGAUACUUCAAUCGAAGGACAACCAGAAGGUGAAGGGCCGUGUCACAGUCGCAACGCUUAUCUGCGAUCCGGGUGAAUACUACGAGAGCACCUAUUUCAACUCGACAUGGGUAAACAAGAUGUUCGUCAACGACAAAGGCAUGACUGGGCUCAACUGCUGGAAAAAGGUGAUCAACAAGUCGAUUGAAACCGGAUCCGAUUUUCUCGAAGAAGGCCUGAUCAAAUGUCCUAAAUCACGUAAGAAAUCA